AUGUCAACACCCCCAUCACAGCGCCCUCGAUCCUCAUCCAGGCCCAAAGCGAGCUGGAUGACACCCUCUCCGCCCGUCCCCCCUCCCGGCAAUAUGAUGAGCACGACGCACCCCGCCUCCCGGCCUGGCACUCCCCACGCAACCAACGACGCCGGCGUCGCCGGCAUGAUGAGGCCCCGCGUCAAGAAACCGCGAGACCGCCGCCGCCGCGGAACGGAGAUCCUGACGGGGAAAGACCUCGUCGCGCAAAUCGCCGCCAUCACGGGCGAUAUGGAUGAGGGGCCGGAGGUGCGCACGUCGCCGCCGCCGCGGAAGACGAGGAGGAGGGCGGCGGCACCCGGACAGGCAGGGGUGGGACAGGAGGUCGGAGGAUCGUUAACGCCCGCCGGCUCGCGCCGCCGCCGCACGAGACAACUACCUGCGCCACGGACGCCGACGUCGGCGCUGCAGAGGCCGCUGCGGUCGCUCGAUGCUUUCUCGGCGGAGGGGAAGAGCUCGUCGAGCGCCCGCGUCAUCGGCAGCAAGCAGGCUGGUCGGUAUCGCACCAGGUCUUCGCGUUUCCGUGACGCAGAAACCCCGCCGGGGCCGGAUCAUUCGGGAGCCGGGAGGAAGGGGGGAUCGGACGGCGCUGCUGGCGAGAUAUUCUUCGAGCCGGGGCCGGCGUACGCCGAGUACGUGGAGCGUGCGGGCAGCGGUGGCGCUUGGCCGGAGGGGGGAUAUCAGUGGGACAGGUAUCUUGCUGGAGGAGCGGGGGCGGAGGCACAUGUCGAUGCCGGGUUUGAGAAUUGUUUUCUGCUGGACCCGAUGCCGGUACUGGGUGAGGGCGAGAAGUGGGUUCCGAUUGAUCCGGCGCUGUUGGAUGAGGGGGGACAGCAGGAGCAGCAAGAGCAGCAAGAGCAGCAAGAGCAGCAAGAGUAG